AUGGUUGAGGGUAGUGAUGGCAGUAUGGAAGAGAAAGUUAUUAAUGAGGAGUAUAAGAUUUGGAAGAAGAACACGCCGUUCUUGUACGACAUGGUGAUGACACAUGCUUUGGAAUGGCCAAGUCUCACUGUUCAGUGGCUACCUGAUAUACAGAAGGCGGAAAAUGGUGACUACACGACACAACGCCUCAUUCUUGGUACUCACACAUCAGAUGAACAGAAUCAUCUGCUUAUAAGCAAGAUUCAACUGCCCACCGACGAUGCACAGUUUGACGCCUCCCGUUACGAUACUGAGAAGGGUGAAUUUGGUGGAUUUGGAGCAAUUACUGGAAAAGUCGAGACAGAGAUUAAAAUCAACCAUGAUGGCGAAGUGAACCGAGCACGUUAUAUGCCACAAAAUCCCGUGAUUAUCGCAACAAAGUCUCCAAGCGCAGAGGUAUUCGUAUUUGACUACACCAAACACUCAUCUGUUCCAAAAGACAACCAAUGCAAACCUCAACUGCGGCUGCGUGGACACACGAAGGAGGGAUACGGGUUAUCAUGGAAUCCUAAUAAGCAGGGUCAUAUUCUCUCUGCCUCCGAUGACAUGACGGUAAGAUUGUGCCACAGUUCUGAAGGGAAAGAUGUUGUUGAGGACGUUGCAUGGCAUGUGCUGCAUGAAGCUGUAUUCGGGUCUGUUGGCGAUGAUCACAAGUUGAUGAUAUGGGAUAUUCGAGGUAAUCAACCAGCACACACUGUCGAUGCACAUUCUGCUGAAGUUAACUGCUUGUCGUUCAAUCCAUAUUCUGAGUUUAUCCUAGCAACGGGAAGUGCAGAUAAGACCGUGGCGCUAUGGGAUCUUCGAAACAUGAAGUUGAAAUUGCAUUCAUUCGAGUCACACAAAGACGAGAUUUUCCAAGUACAGUGGAGUCCUCAUAAUGAGACGAUUUUGGCAAGCAGUGGGACUGAUAGGAGACUUCACGUAUGGGAUUUGUCGAAAAUAGGAGAAGAACAGAAUCCCGAGGACGCUGAGGACGGGCCACCGGAGCUGCUGUUUAUUCAUGGUGGUCAUACCGCCAAGAUUAGUGACUUUUCAUGGAAUCCAAACGAACCUUGGGUGGUAUGCAGUGUGUCUGAGGACAAUAUCAUGCAGGUAUGGCAAAUGGCUGACAAUAUUUACAACGAAGGAGAAGAGGACACACCGGCUGAUCAAUUGGAGCGAUAG